AUGCCUUCAGCCUUAGAGACAACAAAUGGCGUCGACGACGGCGAGGUGCAGCACCAGAAUGGGUUCCACAAGAAUGGCCUGCUCGGCCAUCCCAACGGUACUACUAAGGAGCUAUCGUACGCGGAGAUAGCCGGAGAGGUCGAGCGAUAUCCAGAUAGUGGGAUUACGGUGCUCAUCGUCGGAUGCGGGCCUGGAGGACUCAUGUCAGCCCUGGAAUGCUGGCGGAAAGGUUGCACGGUCCAACUAAUUGAUCGGGCUUAUGCGCCAGUAAACACAGGUGACGUGUUCUGUCUCCAGCCAAGUUGCAUGUCUGUGUACCGUCACUGGCCACGGAUGUCCAAGGAGAUUGAAGAAGAACAGUACGAUGCUGGCAUCUCGUAUUGGCACAACACUGGCGAUCGCAUUUAUGGUCCCGGACCACCUGAAUUCAAUGAUCCAGAGGCCUUGGAAGGUCGCCAAGGACCGCGAGUGGGCUUUAUGCAAGGACGUAUCAAAUUCUUCAACAUGCUGCUCCGUCAAGUCAAACGAUGCGGUAUCCCCGUCACAUGGGGCAGGCGUGUCGUCGAAUACUACGAGGAUGAAGCGGCCGGACUUGGCGGUGUGGUGCUUGAAAGCGGCGAAAAGUUGGAAGCAGAUGUUGUGAUUGCUGCUGAUGGCAUCAAGACGAAUUCUGGCAAGCUGAUUGCCGGCUAUACUGCCGAUCCAAAAGACAGUGGCCAGUCCAUCUACCGCGCGGGCUAUUCACCCGAUUUUACCAAGGAGGACCGUGAAGUUCUGGAGCGCUGGCCGACCAAACCAGGAGAUGUGCCGGAAUGGCAGUUCUGGUUGGGUGCCGGACUUCACCUGUCAGCCAUGGUCAGCAACGACAUGAUCGUCUGGGGCUUGACACAUAAGGAUGAGUAUGCCCCUGAUGGCACAGAGUCCUGGAACGCCAGUGUUGAGCCCGAGGAAGUAGUUGACUUGAUGGAGCGAGUAGCACCUGGCUGGCAUCCAGCUGUCAGUGCUCUGCUCAAGACGACGCCUCGAGGAAGUCUCGUCCACUGGAAGUUAAGAUGGCGCGACCUACUGCAGGAAUGGACCUCUCCAGGUGGUCGCAUCGUCCAGGUGGGAGACAGUGCACACUCCUUCCUCCCAGCUUCUGGAAAUGGGGCCACCCAGGCUUUGGAGGAUGCCAUCUCUCUUGCCAGCUGCUUACACGUCGCUGGGCGCAACAACGUGGCCAUCGCCACCAAGGUCCACAACAGACUCCGCUACGAGCGCGUCUCUUGCGCUCAGAAGAUGUCGUUCGUGAACACACAGCAACACCACUUCACCGAUUGGAGUGCCAUUACAGAAAAUCCCAAAUUGAUCCGGACCAGGUUCCCGAGCUGGGUGUGGAAGCAUGACCCGGAAGAGUAUGCGUACAAGAAGUACGGCGAAGGUUUCCUCCACGUCAUCACCAACGGCAAAUCUCCCCUCCAAAAUACCAACUACCCACCCGGACAUACGCAUAAGCCAUGGACAGUCGAAGAGGUCAGGAUGGAUCUUCUCAACGAUGUAAAUAUCGGUGCUGCUUUGGAUGGAGACUGGUCAUGA